AUGUUGCGCCGUUUUUUGAACUUCAGGCGGCCGCUUCAUUACUCGGCGCCAAUUGUCAGUGAGGAAGUCCAGCAUGCUGUGAAAAAUAACAUCCCUGUGGUGUCAUUGGAGUCCACCAUCAUUACCCAUGGCUUGCCCUAUCCACAAAACUUGGAGCUUGCCAAUGAGGUAGAGCAUGUUAUAAGAGACCAGAGUGCCAUCCCGGCUACAAUUGCGUUCAUUAAUGGCAGUCCGAAAGUUGGCUUGAGCACUGAGGACCUGAGAUUGUUGGCAGAUCCAGCAUCAUCUGGACUUCCAAAACAUAAAACGUCGAGAAGAGAUAUUCCGUAUGUAGUGGCACGCGGUUUAACGGGGGGAACCACUAUAGCCAGCACUAUGAUGCUUUCCAAAAUGGCGGGAAUAAAAGUUUUUGCGACAGGAGGAUUGGGAGGUGUUCAUAGAAAUGGUGAAGUGACCAUGGAUGUCAGUGCCGAUUUGGAGGAAUUGUCUCGAACAGAUGUUGCAGUUGUCUGCAGUGGACCCAAGUCAAUCUUGGAUGUUCCAAGAACAAUGGAAUAUUUAGAAACCAAGGGAGUUCCUGUUUGUACGUUUAAUGACGGCAAUGCCCCUUUCGGAAAACAUGUCCCUGGAUUUUACACAAGAUCUUCCAAUGUUGCGUCUCCGUUUGAAUUUUCGUCUCCCAAAGAAGCCGCAUCUAUGAUAUUUGCAAGUCUAAACAUGGGUUUGGAUAAUGGCCAAUUGUUCUGUAUUCCACCUCCAUUAGAAUCUGCAUUGGACCUUAACUUCAUCAACUCUAUCAUUGAGGAUGCUUUGCAAGAAGCGAAAGUGCUAGAAAUAUCUGGAAAGAAUGUCACUCCAUUUUUAUUGGACAAAAUAUAUCAUAAGACCAACGGUAAGAGCGUUGAAUGUAAUGCCCAAUUUGUACUAAAUAACGCCAAGAUUGCAUCACAAAUAGCGACAGAAUUGGCUAGUUUGACAAAGAAUGAAUCAUCAAUCCCUAAUAAAAACAAAGCUAAAUUUAAUCCCUCCCUUAACACUCCGAGAAUCCCUCAAAAGGUUGAGGCUGUGAUAGUGGGGUCUAUUGCCCACGAUACUAUGUGCUCUCUUCAAUCCGGCUAUAUUGCGAAUGAUUCAAACCCAGGAACACACGCACAGUCUAUAGGAGGCGUAGGAUUCAAUGUUGCACUCGCUACACAUCUGGCUUCGAGAGAUCAUGGCUCGUUCGUGGAAACCCGACUCUGCUCUGCUGUGGGAAAUGACCUGUUAGGCAGGGGCUUGAUGGAGACUAUGAAAUCUUGUGGAAUGGCCACUGACGCUGUUUCAAUCUCUGAGAAUUUCCCCACAGGAACGUACGUGUCCAUCCAUGAUCAUUCUGGUGCUUUGGUUGUCGCCAGUGCCGACAUGAAAGUGGUUGAAAAUAUUUCCAUAGAGCAUGCCAUGGAAUGCUUGGGAAAAUAUCAACCUAGAUGGGUUCUUUUAGACUGCAAUUUGAGUAAUUCGUUGAUUGACUCCAUUGUGAAGCUUGAAGAUUUUGAUGUGGUCAUUGAACCAGCGUCUGCUAUCAAGGCAGCCAAACUGGGAAAGUUAAAUAAUCUGCGAAUAUUCCCUCACAAUUCAGUGAAACUGAUAACACCAACUGUCACCGAACUGAACGCAAUAUUUAACGAAUUCCAUGAUAAUUGUCUCUUUGAUGCUUAUCAAAAUGAAUGGUUUCCUGUUGUGGAUUCGCUAGGACUGGACUACAAUGUCAGACACGCUUUGGACAGAGAAUUUGAAAGAAAUGAUUAUUUGAGGCCUUUACUUGAACAGGGAUUUUUGACAAAAACAUUCAGGUUACUUCCUUUUUUCAACAAUAUUAUUGUUAAAGAUGGUAAGAAUGGAAUAAUUGUUUUCCAAAUCAUUACAGAUUGUGACAAAUACGACAAUCUAAUCAAAGGUUCAAAAAUUAUUGGCAGUGUGUCGACUUUCUCUUUCCUGACCAAGGGUAAACCAGUCGGAGUUGGUAGAAUUGGUGUUCUAGUACAACAUUUUCCAGUGCUCGAUGUUGUCCCUUCCGAUGAAAUUAUUAAUGUCACUGGCGCUGGUGAUUCCUUACUUGGGUACUUAUUUUCUAAGCUUUCGGCCGAUAGCUCAUGGCUUACGAGGUUGGACUCUACUAGAGAAUCGUAUUUGAUUAAUUCCAUGAAGAGUUCUGCUGCAAGUCUCAAAAGUAAUCAAGCCAUAAAUAUAGAUCAAAUUAGACAGAUUCCUUAA